CUCCGACCACGGGCGGUUGACCACAAACACCGUUGAGGGGUUCCACGGGCUGGCUCUACUGUAUAGAGGCAAGAAGACAUAUCUUGGUCAUGUGCACUACACAUGCAAAACAAAACAAAUAUGGCCAUUUGCCACAAGAACAUGGGCCCUGUGUGGAGGGUGUUCUGUCUGGUGCAAAUUUCUGUCUGGUGCAAAUGGAAGUAGACAUGCCAUUUGAGGCCGUUCAAUCAAUUUUGAAGGAGCAACUACUAUGGGAGACCAACAGGCAGAAGAGGUCCACAAAGGAGUAUCUCCAUAAGAGAAACAUCGAGAAGAAAGCCAAGAAAGCACGCCACGAGCAGGAGAAAUCCUACAUGGAAACUAUCCGUGGGAUGGGGAGUGCUGUGGGGGAGUACGUGGGUGGUGGUCAGGGAGAAUUGUCAACAAUGGAGGCACUUACGUCUGUUGAUGUUGAGAUUGAGGCUGCUGAGCCGGGACUCGAUGACCAGUCACAGAAUAAUGAAGAGGUUAGCAGUGACGAUGCACACCCUCUUCUGAUUUUCCAUGAUUGCGAGACGACAGGCCUCAGUAUCUACAACGAACACAUCACAGAUGUAGGUGCUAAAGUUGUUGCAUCUCCCGUGCCUCUUGAGACACCAACCUUCUCGAGCCUGGUGGCAACAUCACGACACAUCUCACCAACUGUUACCAGGAUAACUGGUAUCAGCACUACCACUCUCCGUGGUGAGAAGCCGCUGUCAGUUGUCCUCCCUCUGUUCCUGGACUGGGUUACUGCUGUCACCACAUACGUUAGUGAUGUGACCACGAAUCCUCACUAUCCUGUUCUUGUAGCUCACAAUGGGUUCUUGUUUGAUUUCCCAAUUCUACUGGCUGAAGUGGAGCGACGCCAAGGGACUCUGUGUAUGUCUGCCUUUGAGAGUAAAAAAAUACACUUUAGCGAUACCCUACCUCUCCUACGUCAGAUGAAGAAAGAUGGCCGGAGUGAGUUAAAUGGCACCAGGCUGGGUAUGGAAGCGCUCCACCUGCACAUCCUGGGUACUGCUGUAGAAGGUGCUCACAGGGCCUUUCCCGACGUCCAGGCUAUGGAAGCAGUGAUGACUCACCCGUCGCUAGUGAGCUGCCUCACCAACCUUCCUAUUCGGUCUCCUAAGAGACAGAUCGAGCUGUGGUCAACACAGAAAGCUGUGCAUCAGCAGUCGGCUUCCCUUGUGAAGGCCUUGGGGAAGCCAACUAUCAGCAAAGCACAGGCAAAGAAACUAGGCGAACUUGGACUGGGGAUUGCUACUUUGAAGACCCUUAGAACAGACUGCCCUACUCCAGAGGCGUUCAUGGAGGCUUUGAAAGCUAAGGGAGUAAAAAGCAAGCCCCUGAGAAAGAAUUUAUCAAUGAAUGUGCUGCUGCAGUGA